AACAGAUGGUGACGGCGGGAAGAGGGUUAAAGCAAGGCGGGAAGUGGCGGGAACGAAUUGGGGCUGGCCAAAACACGAAAAUACCACCCACGAAAUCGUACCUUCAAAUGCCAAACCCUCUCCUAGCCUCGCUUGUCAUUUCCACGCACAAAUAAGUUCCUACUUUCGUAUUUCUGUAGUCUUCGAUGGCGAAGAGGAAGAAAUCUAGGGUUUUCAAGGAAGAAGAAGAAGAAGAAGAAGUACUAGAAGAUGGACAAGCUCACCAAGAAAAUCUCAAUCGGCCGUCAACUCACGGCAAGAGCCUUUACGAGGUUCUUGGUGUGGAGAAGACAGCAUCUCAGCAGGAGAUAAAGAAAGCGUACUAUAAGUUGGCAUUGAGACUCCAUCCUGAUAAAAAUCCUGGUGAUGAGGAGGCUAAAGAGAAGUUUCAGCAGUUGCAAAAAGUGAUAUCAAUUCUUGGGGAUGAGGAGAAAAGAGCACUCUAUGAUCAGACUGGAUGUGUUGAUGAUGCCGACCUUGCUGGGGAAGUUGUUCAGAAUCUGCACGAGUUUUUCAGAACAAUGUACAAAAAGGUCACUGAGGCAGAUAUUGAAGAGUUUGAAGCAAACUAUAGGGGAUCUGACUCAGAGAAGAAAGAUUUAAUUAAUCUGUAUGAGGAAUGCAAGGGUAACAUGAACAGACUCUUCUGUUCAAUGCUUUGUUCAGAUCCUAAGCUUGAUUCACACCGUUAUAAGGACAUUCUUGAUGAGGCUAUAGCUGCAGGAGAACUGAAAGCUACCAAAGCCUAUCAGAAAUGGGGGAAGCAAGUGUCUAAGAUGAAACCACCUACCAGUCCUUUGAGGAGGGAGAAAUCAAAUAAAGAGUCAGGGGCAGACUUAUACGCCCUAAUAUCUCGUCGCGGAAGUGAGAGAAAAGACCGUUUUGAUUCCAUGUUCUCAUCUCUGGUGUCUAAAUAUGGUGGGAGUAGUAAUGCUGUUUCAGAACCCACGGAAGAAGAGUUCGAGGCUGUGCAGAAAAGGCUUGAAAGCCGUAGGACCUCCAAGAGUUCAAGGCGGAAGUAACUGCCUCACUCGAAUUCUGUACUGUGAAUUGGAUGUGUACAAAUUUUUAUUUUGCUGACAGAUACGCUGCAAUUGUCUUAACGAUUUAAAUGAUGCUGAGAACUGUGUGGGUGUGAGCCAUCUUCUAUCUGACACGACUUCACCCA